CUUCCUGAACAUUUUACAGUAAACAGAACACGGAAACAAUUUCUACUAUUUAACACAAAGAAGCUGCAGCAUUAGUUAUUGUCGAGCUGUUGUUUGAGUUGUUUGGUCAGUGUUCAUACGCAGUGAAAUGGCCAGUGUUUCAGUGGGACAGGACCAGUUCACCUGUCCAGUGUGUCUGGAUCUACUGAAGAAUCCAGUGACCAUUCCCUGUGGACACAGUUACUGUAUGAACUGUAUUACAGGCUGCUGGAAUCAGGAGAAUCAGAAUGGACUUUACAGAUGUCCUCAGUGCAGAAAGAUCUUCAGUCCAAGACCUGCCUUAUGUAAGAAUGUGUUGUUUGAUCAAAUGGUGGAGGACCUGAAGAAGACUAAACUACAAACUGCUGUUCCUGCUGGUGCCUCCUGUCAGACUUAUUUUGACCGUCAUGAAGAAUUUCGCCCAAGUAAACCACACAAAGUGAUCGAUGUCGCUGGGCGAAGGCAGAAGAUGAUCUGUCCUCAACAUCAUAAACAACUGGAAAUCUACUGCCGGACUGACCAGCUCUAUAUUUGUUAUUUGUGUGCAGUAAAUACACACAAAAACCACAACACCGUAACAGCUAUAGAUGAGAGGACAGAGAAACAGAAACAUCUGGAACAAACUCAAAGGGACUUCCAGGAGAGGAUCCAGCAGAGAGAGAAAGAUCUUCAGGAGCUGAGAGACGUUGUGAAGACUCAUAAGCACUCUGCAGAGAAAGCAGUGCAAGACACUGAGAGGAACUUUACUGAACUGAUCCGCUCCAUUGAGAGAAGCCACUCGGAGAUCACACAGCUGAUCAGAGAUCAGGAAAAAGCUGCAGUGAGUCAAACUGAAAUACUCAUGAAGCAACUGGAGCAGGAGAUUGAUGACCUGAGGAAGAGAGACACUGAACUGGAGCAGCUUCUACAAACAGAUGAUCACAUCCAUUUCCUUCUGAGCAUUGAGUCUUGCUCUGUUCCUCCACAAACUACUGAAGUGCCCAGAAUCACAGCCAAUUCUCACCUCUUAUAUGAUGAUGUGGGAAAAUCUGUCCUUCUGCUAAAAAAUAAUCUUGAGGAAAUCUGCAAAGAAUUUACAGAAAUGAUAUCUAAAACAGGUAAAUUUCUGGAGAUGUUCAAAAUUUGAAGUGAAUCAUGUAAUGUUUGCAAAAGGAAUGUUUGGAAAUCUAAAACUGAUGUUUCCAACUGAUACUAAAAAAAGACAACCAUCUUCAAACAAAUCUGAAGCAUCUAAUAAGGGUUUUACACAUUGCUUUAUAUGUGAGUUUUUUCUUUAUGUAAAAAUAAUACUUUAAAUGUCUGUUGGUUUCCAUAGUGCAAAAAAUUAAU